UUUCACCAGAAUUUGCAAGUAUGGCUAGGUGGAAUGUUUAUCCCAGAAGCAUACAUUACAGCAACCAGGCAGUUCGUUGCUCAAGCUAACAGCUGGUCAUUGGAAGAACUCCAAAUGGAGGUCACAGUAGCAGACAAGGGUCAAAAGCCCAAGAUAGAUGACUGCAGUUUUGCUGUCACUGACCUCAAGUUGCAGGGAGCCAAGUGUCAAAACAACAAGUUGUACCUAUGUACCUCCAUCUCAACUGACCUUCCGCUUACCAUUCUGCGCUGGAAACGGUAA